AUAGGCCACAAGAGGAAGAUGAGGAGGGAGAAGCAGGCGCCAUGUUGUUUGUUUUCAGUGUUACGGAGACAGCCCGAGGUGGACGAUCGCGCGGGGAGAGGGCCUUUUUAAUGAUUAUGGAGAACCCUGAACUAAUAUUAGAGGAAUUAGAGAAAUUUGAAAAGAAGACGGGAGAUGGUAUGUCCAAGAUGCUGGAUGACUACAUCCACCACAUCGCCAAGACCGGAGACACCAUCUUCCCCUGGCACCGCAUCAGGCACUUCAUGCAGCACAUGCUGGAGACGGUAAUGAACGAAUUUUACGAAACGUGCGGCAGUGCGGAGGAUGUUAGUGAGAACAGCAACGUGCCUCCCUUCUCCUUCUUCAACACACGGGACAAGCUGCUACACCACUUCGACACCUUCACUGGGGCCCCAUUCACGAUACAGAGGCUAUGUGAGAUAAUGGUCGACCCCACCAAGCACUACCGACGCACAGACAAGUUCCUCCGGGGCCUUGAGAAGAAUGUGCUAGUGGUGUCCAGCAUCGAGCCAGGCAGCCGACAACGACGAACAGAGGACCCCCAACACACCCUGGUGAAUGGGCUGCAGGAGGGCGGGCUGCACACCUCACCCAUCCCCUCACUGCCCCACCACCCCAAGAGACUCCCCCACACACAGGCCACUAACUCAGUACUAAACAACACAAAUGACUCCUACACUGCAGAGAUGAAUGACACAGACAACCAGGUGAGCGUCUCGGAGGCCAACGGUCCCAGCGGCCUGCACCGGGAGGAGCCGCCGCUGGACAACUCCCACACAGAUGCCUCAGAGCCUCCCAGUAAGAAGAUGAGGCUGGAAGAAGAGGAGGAGGAGGAGGAAGAAGAAGAGGAAGAGGAGGAAUCCUUUGAGGAAAGAGCCGUGGAGCCUCCCUCCAGGGAACUGCCUGAGGAGAAGGAAGGAGCCUGUGAUGAACAGGAGGAGGCCAAACUGGAGGCGAUGGAGGUGGAGGAACAGCCAAGCAAGGACGGUGAGGCUGAGGCCGAGGCCAAGAUGGAGACGGAUGAAGCACAAGCUCCCGACACUGCGGGGGAGGAAGCGGGCAGUACCCUGGCUGUGCCUCAGGAGGAGGAAGAGGAAGAGGAAGAGCAGGAGCAGGAGCAGGAGCAGGAGCAGGAGCAGGAGCAGCAGCAGGAAGAGCAACAGCAGCAGCAGCAACAGGAAGAGGAGGCUGAGGAAGCUUCCAGCAACCCCACCACAGUAACAGACCCUCCUGAGGGUGACAAGGUGGAGGAGAACCACGUGAAGGAGGGGGAGGAGGAGGAGGAGCCUCAGGAGGAGGUGCUUCCCUCUGAGGCGUCGCCAGAGGUGUGUUCUUCAAACAGCCUCCCAGCCAGCUCACCCCCCAAGGCCGAGGAAGCUGAGAGGGUGCUGGUGGUGUUCUCCUCCAGGUCUUGUGAGGACGGCAGCCCGGACUCAGGGGAGGGGCCGGAGGAGGGCAGCGGAGACCAGGAGGUGCCAGACAGGGCCAAGGAGAGGGAGAGCAGCUCCGAGGCCGCUGCAGCCGACGAGGAAAGUAGAAGCCAGUCUCCGGGUGCGGCGGACUGCUCCCUACAGGCAGAGGAGUCCAGCAGCAGCAGCAGCCACGAGGCGGACAGCACCUCACAGAGCCACACCGGCGACCUGGUCACCCAGCCACCCCACACUGCUGUCCCCGCUGAGGCAGAGGUGGAUUCUGCCGUGCCCUCUCCACCUCCCACACCAGAGGUGGACAACUCCACAGAGGCAACCACAACACCAUCACCACCACCAGUGGAGUCAGUGGAGACUCCCACCCCCUCCAACAGUUCCUCAGAGUACCCCACUUCAGACACCACGGCAACCGCCGCCGCCGCCCACACUACCUCAGAGACCCCCACCCCCUCCACCUCAACCACCACCACAACUGCCUCCAUCACCACCGCCAGCACCACCACCACAACCACCACCACCAAUCACAGCAAAAACUGUGUCCCGACGUCACCCGACUCGGAGACUCCCGAGCCGGCCCCGGCCCCGGCUCCGUCACCAGCCUCAUCCUCGGCCCAGACUCCAGCGGCAGACACAGACAGCAGCAGUGGCGCGGCGACCUCCUCCACCACCAACCUGCCACCAUCUGCCUCCAGCCGGGGUGAUGAGCAGGAGGGCGGUGGUGCCGAGUCCUGCCACAAACAGACCCUAGCCAGUAUUAGUUGCUCAAGUUCACACCAGAGUGAGCCCGACCACCAACCAACAGAGGAAGAAUAGUUCACUGAAUAAAGCAUUAGCAUAUUUUUAUAUACAUUUACUUUACACAGUCGUACCUGCCAUUUGGACACCUGUUCAACAGUUUUGCAUCCAAGAUUAUUUUGAAGUUCUAAGGUGAAAUAGCCUUACAGGUGACUGCCCAUCAUAACUUACAAAUUUCUCUAAUUUUUAAGACCACAGUAGGUAGUGGAAGUUUUAAUGUUUUAUAAUGCUGAUUAUUAUUCCCAACAUGUGAUAGUUUUCAAGGAGUGCUGAUCUGAUCAUGCAAGUUCCAUUUUACAGGAGAGCCAGCAGGGGAGGGGAGUGGGUGAGGCGGGGAGCCGUGCCUGCUGCGGCGAGGCGGGGCGGGGCGCGGCGGGGCCUGUAAUGUGGCGUUGGUGUGGUAUGUGUUAUUCCAUUAGUAUUCACUAGACAACUGGAAAUGUACUUAGUUCUCUAGGUAGGUUUCUUUUUGAUAGAUCAUAACGUAAGAGAUGUAGCCGUUCACUGGGACUGGCAGAAGGUAGUUACAUUUUGCAUACUCAGAACACAACAGAGGCAGAUUUUACAUGAAACCAGGAACUUUGGAAUAUUUAUAUUUUUGUAUGUAUUGUAUAUAUCCUCCUCUCAGUUUCACCUCCUUUAACAACGUGACACUAAAGUAAAAACUAGAAGAUAUUUAUGGUGAGCCUCGAGCUCAGCGACUCCUUGAUGGUGAAUUAUUUAGUCUGACCUUGGUGCAGCACUGUUUCUCGGCCCUGCUGUGGGCAGCACUGUUGCAGGGUGUGGAGGGGUGGGAGAAGGGGUUCUCUUGCAAUAAUCUUUUGAGGGUAAGCUAUUGUAGAUCUUCUCUGAUGAAUGAAGCCCUGUAGAUAGUCUGGUAUAGGCAAGUACUCCCACACACCACCAGUCCUCCUCUAUUAUAUACUUCAUCCAAAUUCCAUUUCAACAACACAUUUUAUCUUUUAUUUAUUGACUUUUUCUUUUACUUCAGUGAAGUAGCCAUUUUUCAAACUAUGCUGAAAUGAUUGAUUUUGUGCUGUGUUUGCUGGAUGGUGUGGAAAAUUGUGAUUUUUAAAUCAUUGUUAUUAAAAACGUGGACAAUAUAUUUCCUUAUGAAUGAUGACAAAAGUUUUAGCAGCUUCUUAGUUAAGGCAAGACCUUGGAUAAUUUUGCUGAUUAAUGAACUGAAGCAGUUUUAGUUUGUCCCUUUCACUGAGUGUUCCGGACGGUCGGACAGUCGUGGAGAGAUCUGCCGUGUCACUUGACCUUGCAGUGCAAUUUGCUAAACAUAGUACAACACGAUACAAGCAGUGCUCUCAAGUGUAUAAAGUGUUAAGGUGUGUGGUGUGGAGGCCGGCCGAGUGAGGGGCGAGGGGGGAGCGUGGGCUUCACCUGGCACAGGAGUGCGCUGGCUGGUGUGGCCCUCACCCGCCGUGCCGUGCCAGUGUGCUGUUGUCUACCUUGGUUCUUGUUGACCAGUGUAGUGGUUUUCUCCUGCAACACAUAGUGUUUGGCAUAAUGCAUUUCAGCAGUGGGUGGACUCAGUAGUUGGCUUGGUGACACGUUGACGACGAACGAUAGGUUUUGUUAGAAAAUUAUUUGAUUUAUUUUCCAUCAGGAAUGUAUGUUUUAUAAAGAAAUGUCCAAUAAAAUUAAGCCUGUA